UCAUAGCUGCAUCCUAUAAUCAAAAGCUGUGUCCUCUUGACGGAGAUUCUAAUAUAGACCUGCUGCUCCCAGUUUACCGAGACAAUCAUCUUUAUCAAUGAGGACAUUAAGAAUGGCUGUGUUCAAGCAACAAAAACUGGAAGAUUUCUAUGAUAUUGGUGAAGUCCUUGGAAGUGGUCAGUUUGCUAUCGUGAAAUGCUGCAAGGAGAAGAGUACUGGUAUGGAGUAUGCUGCAAAGUUGAUUAAAAAGCGACAGCAUCAGGCAAGCCGGAGAGGCAUUCAACGAGAGGAGAUUGAGAGGGAAGUGAACAUCCUCCAAGAGCUUCAGCACCCCAAUAUCAUUGCAAUGCAUGACCUUUAUGAGAACCGCACUGAUGUGACGCUUGUCCUGGAGCUUGUUUCAGGAGGAGAGCUUUUUGACUUCUUGGCUCAGAAAGAGUCACUUUGUGAAGAGGAAGCCACUGAAUUCAUCAAACAGAUCCUCAAUGGAGUUCAGUAUCUGCACUCCAAGAAAAUAGCACAUUUUGACCUGAAGCCUGAAAAUAUCAUGCUGUUGGAUAAUAAUGUCCAACUGCCACGAAUCAAGCUUAUUGAUUUCGGUUUGGCACAUAGGAUCAAAGAUGGUGUGGAAUUCAAAAACAUUUUUGGGACUCCCGAAUUUGUUGCUCCAGAGAUAGUGAACUACGAGCCACUAGGAUUAGAAGCAGACAUGUGGAGCAUUGGAGUCAUCACAUAUAUCCUAUUAAGUGGAGCAUCACCAUUCCUGGGUGACUCCAAGCAGGAGACUCUUGCAAACAUCUCUGCUGUGAAUUUUGAAUUUGAUGAAGAAUUCUUUGGCAGCACAAGUGAACUGGCCAAAAGCUUCAUCAGGCAGCUGCUUGUGAAAGAUACAAGAAAAAGGCUUAAAAUACAAGAUGCACUCAACCACCCCUGGAUUAAGCCCAUAAACCCCAGACAAGCCCUUGUGAAACGACAAUCUGUGGUGAACCUUGAGAACUUCAAGAGACAGUAUGCCCGAAGGAGGUGGCAGUUUUCUUUUAGAAUUGUGACCCUCUGCAACCACUUGACACGGAUGAUGAAAAAAGGUCACCCUAACCAACAGGACAAACCCAAGAUAAAGUUUGAAAGAGAGUGCGAGAGUGAUCAAGAGGAGGAGGUGAUGCUGAGGAGACCCCAAACCAGAAGGAGAAGUAGCACGUCUUGAAAUUCCUUGGUACACCAUUGACUAAUCACAAUGUCAGUUGCACAAGGCUUAUAUAUAAUUUUUUUUCUGUAUGAUAAUACAGUAUGUGUGUAUGUUUGAUGUUUGUGUAAUGUUUUUUAUACAGUAUUGUUUAGUUGUGCAGAUGGUUCUUUUAAGAUGUAAUCACAUUUUACUAUAUUUUUGUGGGGUGAAAUUCAUUCAUUAUAUAAGGUGAGAUCAGGAAGUUCGUAUGUGGUCAAAUAAUUUUCCUAUACAUGUGGAAAAAUGUUUAAAAAUAUUGCUAAAUUCACCACAACUUCACACAUCAUUUUCAUACAUCAGAUUGCAAUCAUUUUGAUGUCAUAACGUGUUAGAAUAAAGGUAGAUAAAAUGCAGCUUUAUCAUACUUUUGGUAGAGUAUUAAGUUAUUGCCUCGGUCAUAAAUUGGUACUGUUUGUAUUGCUGUUUAAAUGUUAACAAAAUGUUAUCCACCAUGUCCAUCACAUACUGUAACAGUGGGUGUGGCAUUUUAUAGUCUUUGGAUUUCAGUGUCUUUUGAUCCAGCUAUUUUUAACUGUACAAAACAACUUGUUAUGCUGCUUUAUAUUGCAGCUGACAUUUCCUGCCAUACUAUUUUAUUGUGUAUUAUCUUAAUAAUAAACAAACUGGUUUUCAGUUUAACAAUUGCA